AUGUCUGCCUCAGGAAUCCAAAAUGAGAGGAUAAAAAAAUUUAAGUACAAAGGACGAAAUACAGAUCUGAUAAGACAACAGAGGAUUGCAGUCUGCGUGGAACUCCGGAAGGCAAAGAAAGAGGAACAGAUUCUUAAAAAAAGAAACAUGUCUAAUACCCUUCAAUCACUCCUAUCUGAGAAUCAGGAUAAUGAGGUUAAUCUCACACUGGACGAAAUAGUCAAGGGUAUGAAUGGAAAUGACCCAGAUCUCUGUCUCAAGGCCACCCAGGCAGCCAGGAAGAUGUUAUCUCGAGAAAAGAACCCACCUCUAAGUAUGUUUAUUGAACUGGGACUCGUUCCUAAGCUGGUGACGUUUCUGAGCUUGUCUCGUAGCCCCGACUUGCAGUUUGAGGCCGCCUGGGCCCUGACAAACAUUGCCUCUGGAACCUCUGGGCAGACCAAGGCAGUUGUGGAGUCAGGAGCCAUCCCUCUCUUGAUUCAGCUCCUCUCUUCUUCAUUCUUACACAUCCGUGAGCAAGCCGUGUGGGCACUAGGGAACAUAGCAGGUGACGGCCCUGAAUUGAGAGAUGCCGUUAUCAACUGUAAUGCGAUCCCUCCUCUGUUAUCCCUGGUCUCACCUACUCUACCUGUUUCAUUUCUGCGGAACGUGACGUGGACCUUGUCUAACCUCUGCCGGAAUAAGAACCCCUACCCUUGUGCAGGGGCAGUUAAGCAGUUGCUGCCUGUCCUUAUUGAACUCCUGCAACACCAAGACCCUGAGAUUCUGUCCGAUGCCUGCUGGGCUCUGUCCUACCUUACCGAUGGCUCCAAUAACAGGAUUAGCCAAGUGGUACAGACUGGGGUCCUUCCAAGGCUGGUCUCCCUCAUGCGGAGCUCAAACCUGAUUAUUCUGACCCCUUCCCUCCGGACAGUUGGUAACAUUGCGACUGGGACAGAUGAACAAACCCAGAUGGCCAUUGAAGCGGGUGUCUUGACCGUGCUGCCCCAGCUCCUGCACCACCAGAAGUCCACAGUCCAGAAGGAGGCUUGUUGGACACUCAGCAACAUUGCCGCCGGACCUAGUGAACAGAUCCAGCAGCUUAUUUCCUGUGGGCUGCUGCCACCGUUAGUGACCUUGCUAAAAAAUGGAGAAUUCAGAGUCAAGAAAGAAAUUAUUUGGAUAAUGGCUAAUUUCACGACUGGGGGAACGUUGUACCAGGUGCUUGAACUCGUCAAGGCUGGAUUCCUGGAGCCUCUGCUUGAUCUGCUCACUAUCAAAGACUGCAAAAUUCUCCUCCUCAUUCUUGACAUUAUUGAGCAUUUCUUACAGGUUGCAACGAAUGUAGGGGAGAAGGAAAAACUGUGCAUGCUGAUAGAGGAACUUGGUGGACUAGAUAAAAUUGAGGCAUUACAAUUUCACGAUAACACCUUGGUUUUUCAAACUGCCUGCGGCCUCAUUGAGAAUUACUUUUCUGAGAUUGAAAAUUCUCCCCAAGAUCAACCAGAGAUAGACCAAGAAAGUAAUACCUUCAAAUUUUCUGUGGAAGAGAAGAAUGAUAAAUUUACCUUGUAA